GAUUUGUAAUUUCCCCUCCAAUUUAUCGUCUUGUUCUCUCUCUCUCUCUCUCUCCUUUUCCGAGCUUCCAGCUUGGAGUGGAGUGCUCUCUCUCUCUCAUCGCUUGGGGUGUCCCAGCUUCGAAAGCCACCCAUGAUGAUCUUUGAGAUAGUUCGUGGAGAAUGAGAGACAAUUCAGAAAAAGUUGUGCUUCCAAGUUCCUGAGCUUUUCUGUUAUUUUUUUCUUUUGGAGUGAGGAGGGGGGGUUCAGUGGUAUUUCUAGGGUUUUAACGAAGAAUAACCGAUUACUUUGGAGAAUGCCGACCCACAGAUCGAAAUCCGAGAAGCAUGCUGCUGCCAAGCUGCUCCGGCGGGACCCCUACGAGGUUCUCAGCGUCUCGCGGAACUCCACAGAUCAAGAAAUCAAAAGCGCCUACAGAAGGAUGGCUCUUAAGUACCAUCCUGAUAAGAAUGCAAAUGAUCCUGAAGCAGCUGAUAUGUUUAAGGAGGUGACCUUUUCCUAUAAUAUCUUGUCUGAUCCAGACAAACGACGCCAGUAUGAUGCAGCUGGCUUUGAGGCUGUUGAUUCGGGAAGUCAAGAAUUGGAGCUAGAUCUUUCAAGUUUGGGAGCCGUGAACACCAUGUUUGCUGCACUUUUUAGUAAACUUGGUGUGCCGAUCAAGACCACUGUAUCAGCUACAGUCUUGGAGGAGGCACUUAAUGGUGUGAUCACCCUUCGCCCACUUCCAUUGGGGCAACCUAUAUCUAAGAAGGUUGAGAAGCAGUCUGCUCACUUCUAUGCUGUUACAAUAACAGAAGAGGAAGCUCGAGCUGGAUUUGUAUGUCGAGUGCAAUCAUCAGACAAAAGCAAAUUCAAGUUAUUGUACUUUGAUCAGGAAGAGAAUGGUGGAUUAAGCCUAGCGCUGCAGGAGGAAAGUGUCAAGACGGGAAAGAUCACAUCCGCUGGAAUGUAUUUUCUUGGCUUUCCUGUUUAUCGGUUGGAUCAGACGAUGACUUCAAUGGCUGCUGCAAAAGAUCCUGAUGCUGCUUUCUUCAAAAAGCUGGAUGGAUUUCAGCCAUGCGAAAUAACUGAACUGAAGGCUGGCACCCAUUUCUUUGCUGUUUAUGGUGACAAUUUUUUUAAAAGUGCAAAUUACACAAUAGAGGCUCUUUGUGCUGCACCAUACAGAGAAGAGAAGGAGUAUCUUAGGGCUGUUGAAGCUCAAAUUCUAACAAAAAGAGUGGAAAUAUCAAAGUUUGAAAGUGAAUACCGAGAGGUUCUGGCACAAUUUACUGAGAUGACUAGUAGAUAUGCACAAGAAAUGCAAGCAAUUGAUGAGCUUCUCAAGCAAAGGAAUGAAAUACAUGCAUCUUACACAAGUGCUCCUCCAAUGAAGCGGAGUACCAGUAAGAGCAAGAACAAAGGUUCGUUCAAGGAAGCCAAAGAAGAAGAUGAGGUGAGAGAGAAGAGAUCUACAACGAGGGAUCGGUCUAAGAAAAAGAAAUGGUAUAAUAUUCACCUGAAGGUUGACAAGAGAAAGCCUUGCUGAAGAGGGCAUCCUGUACUCAUAUAUCCGUUGCAAUGGUUUGGCAUCUCCACACGCAAAGUACGAGGCUUAUAAGCAAUUGCAGCAACCUAGUAUAUUGAACCUGAUGAUUCUGCUGGAAUGGCUCAUUCUAGCAUUUCAAGGGUGACAAUAUAGCUCGUUGUAAUGUAGGAUUCUUUCUUUCUUUCUUCCUUUCCAAUGCCUUGGCCAUUCUCUUGCUAUUUUCUCUCAGUAUCGCCGGCCAUCAUACCUGUAAAUUGCCUAAUUUAUUCAUGUAACUUUCAUUUCCGCAACUUGUUGAAUGGGAUGUAUUUUUUGGGUUAGAGAAAUGAGAAAAUAUGGCAAGAAAUUCCUGCUUCCA